AUGUCAGUAGUCUCUCAUAGCAAGAAUCUUACUCCUACUCCAUCUGCCUCAAAUCCGGAGAACGGUAUGCAUAUUGAGUCUCAGCAUGACACCUCCAGCCCAUACCCCGAGGGCGGCCUCGUAGCCAACCUGGUCGUGUUGGGCAGCUUCACCUCCAUCAUGGGGGGUCUGGGGCUGAUGAACAGCAUCGGGAUAUACCAAGCCUGGAUAUCCACGCACCAACUCGCGUCCCUCGGCGAAGGCCAAAUCGGCUGGAUUUUUGGGAUUUACAACUUCCUCGUGUUCUUCUGCGGCAUCCAAAUCGGCCCCAUCUUCGACGCCUACGGUCCGCGGCUGCUCAUGUGGACGGGGUCCAGCCUGCUCGUCCUCACCUUCGUCCUCAUGGGCUUCUGCUCCCAAUACUGGCACUUUCUAGUAGUCAUCGGGAUCCUCGGCGGGAUGGGGACCUCCUUCAUCUUUAUCGUCCCCGUCGCAAGCAUCGGCCACUUCUUCUACCGGCGCCGCGGCGCCGCCACGGGCCUCGCCAUGGCCGGCGGCAGCAUCGGCGGCGUCAUCUUCCCGCUGGUGCUGGAGAACCUGUCGCCGCGCAUCGGCUUUGCCUGGACCACGCGCGUCAUCGGCCUCAUCACGCUGGUCCUCCUGAUCCCCGGCUGUCUCCUGGUCAAAGGCAACUUCUCCCCCAAGCCUUCCUCCUUCGCGAUCAAAACGCUGGUCCCUGAUCUGACGAUUCUCAAGGAUGCCCGGCUCGUCCUGACCACCGCCGGCGUCUUCUUCAUCGAGUGGGGGUUCUUCGUGCCCCUGGAGUACGUCGCCUCGUACUCGCUGGCUAACGGCAUCUCCCGGCGGCUGGCCUAUCUGAUGGUCGUUUUUCUCAACGCAGGCUCUUUCCCGGGCCGCUGGCUGCCGGGCAUCGUGGCGGACAAGUUCGGCCGCGCCAACACCCUGAUCAUGACCAAUGUCCUGAGCCUGGUGUCCAUCCUGGGGGUGUGGAUGCCGGCCAAGGGGAAUGUCGCGGCGGUGAUUGCCUUCGCGGUGAUGUUUGGCUUCGCCAGUGGGAGUAAUAUCAGCUUGGUGCCGGUUUGUGUGGGCGAGCUGUGUCCCACCGAGGCAUAUGGGCGGUUCUAUACCACGGUUUAUACGAUUGUUAGUCUUGGGGCUUUGACUGGUGUCCCGAUUGCCGGUGAAAUCAUCCAUCGAUGUCAUGGGGAGUACUGGGGCCUGAUUGCGUUUGCUGGGUGUGCGUAUGCCGCGGGAUUGAUCUGUUUCAUUUGGGCGAAAGUGUUGCAGAAGCGGUUGGAGCGGAAGGUAUAG